CGACGAUCGGUUUUGUUAAUUACCUGGAGAGAAGGAAAAUGCUUCCCCCUCUCUCGCAAGCGCGGGUGCAGAGUGGUGCAAAGGGAGGAGGGAGAGUGGCGCACGUGGGACUUGGCGCCAGGCAGGUUGCAGCUAGCUAGGCGCUCUUUGUUGCUGUGAUUGAUCUUCCACCACAUAGAGGAGAUCGGGUUCCAUUUGGAGGAGGAGCAUUCUAGGGCAGAGGAAGAAGCAAUUUGGUGGAAUCAAGACUCUGAGGCAACAUGCUCUCCCAAAGUGUCCGACGCCUCAGGCGGGAGCUGCCUGAGGCUGUGGCCAAUGCUCAGCGGGCGAUCUCCACAAGCGCGCCCCUCGAGCAAGCCGCCCCGGCCCUUGCCACGGCCGCCAAGAAGACUGGCGGGUUUUUCUCCAGCUUCUUCGGAGCCUCGUCGCCUGCGCUCCCCCCAUUGGACGAGCCCCUCCCUGGAGUGCCCGAGCCCCCCCCUUUCAACGCCACCGCUGCACCCCCUGGCACUAAGAUCACAACGCUGGACAAUGGCAUGAGGAUCGCCUCGGAGGACAUCCCGGGUGCGGCCAACAGCGUUGGCGUGUACAUCGCUUCUGGCAGCGUGUAUGAGGACUCGUACAAUUCCGGGGUGUCCCACCUGCUCGAGCGCAUGGUCUUUAAGAGCACGAUCAACAGGACGCACUUCCGGCUGGUCCGAGAGCUGGAGGCCAUCGGUGGCAACAUCGUUGCGGGUGCCCACCGCGAAGUGUUUGUCCUCGCUGGCGACUCCGUCAAGACGUACCUCCCGGAGGUGGUAGAGAUCCUGGCGGACUCGGUGCGCAACCCGCGAUUCGCGCCCUGGGAGGUCGCUGAGCAGUUGGAGAAGGUGCGUGAGGAUGUGCACGUGGCCAACCAGCGCCCCGAGCACCUUCUCCUGGAGGCGCUCCACCAAGCCGGCUACCAGGGCUCGCUCGGCCGCCCGCUGCUCGCGCCUGAGAGCGGCAUCUCGCGGCUCACGCCGGAUGUCCUGCACCGCUUCGUGGAGUCCCACUGGGUGGCCCCCAACCUGGUCCUGUCCGCCGCGGGCGCCGACCACGACGAGCUGCUCGCGGUCGCGGAGCCUCUCUUCGGCGACAUGGCCCGUGUAAGCGCCCAGACGCCCCCCCCGUCCAAGUACGUCGGCGGUGAUUGGAGGAGGGCCAUUGACUCACCCCUGACCCACGUGGCACUCGCGUUCGAGUUCGAGGGGGGGUGGAGGAACGUCAAGGGCGCGACCGCGCUGAGCGUGCUGCAGGUGCUGCUGGGCGGAGGCGGGUCGUUCUCUGCCGGAGGCCCGGGCAAGGGCAUGUACUCUCGCCUUUACACUGGUGUUCUCAGCCAAUACUCCUGGGUGACCUCGGCCACGGCCUUCUCGCACGUCUACAACGACACCGGCAUGUUUGGCAUCCACAUAUCAGGGGACUCCUACCGUGCGGGCGACCUUGUGAACAUCGCCACCGACGCGCUACUGGCCAUCCCGGCUGGGAAGUUUACCCAGACGGAACUAGACAGGGCCAAGAGAGCAACCAUCUCGUCCAUCCUCAUGAACCUUGAGUCCAGGACUGUCGUCAACGAGGAUAUUGGGAAGCAGAUUCUGACGUACGGCAAGAGACUGCCUGCGCCGGACUUCCUCAAGGAGAUCGAGGCCCUGACCAUGAAGGAUAUCCAAAAUCUGGCGACCAAGAUGCUCAAGACACCCCCAACUGUAGCAGCCUGGGGAGACGUUGUCCAUGUGCCCAGGUUGGACCAAGUUGCCUCUCGCUUUGGAUGAAGGGACUUAUCCUGCAUGAACGAACUCAUGUGAGGUUUGACAUAUCCUCUGAUUGCAAGGCAUAGAAGACGUAGUCUGAAGCCAACCAAAGAAAGCAGUCGUCUACCAAUUGCGCAAUGUUGGAGCUUGAGCAAAAGGAUCUGGGCUUGCAAGGGAACGAGUCUGUCAUGCGUUUGCUGUUAUUGCGAAUCUGCUUACUGUCUGUGCACAACAACAGAAGUACCUAAAUGCCUUGGUCUAGAAACGCACAGUUAUAUCACAGAGCCCAGAUGCAUGACUUACAUGCCAAAUAUGGGUUCCCGUAUCACCCUCUUUACCCCUAUGAACAGGCUGACUCAACGAGUGGAAACUUUCAUGAUAACAAUGGCCUGCACGUC